CUGCCAUCCCGACCCCAAAGUAAACAGUAGCCCGGUUUGGGGAAUCCCAUCUGAAAGCUCCCCAAAACACGCGCCGAGGACCUGAACCGCCGCGACAAUUGACCUUGACACGCGUUGCAGCCGUCUAAGCGCGUCAAUUCCCCUACUAUAAUGUCUGACAAUGAUCCGUUGUCUACCAUAAUUGUCCAGUAAUGGAGUCAUCGGCGCCCAAGAGGCGCAAGACAUCCCCAACCUCGUCUGUGCCCGUCGAGUCGACCACCCCGCCAGAUCCUCCACCAUCGCAACAGCCCACGGAACUGCAGCCCACCCCAGAAUCGCCCACAAAAUCAAGCGGCUCGAGGCGCCAGACCGCGUCGGCCCGAGCAGAAGAACUGCCUGCCUCACAGCCCGACUCCCCUGACGCUGACGCCGCCGACAUCUCGAAUGCUCCACCUGCACAACUCGAGCAACAUUCCGAAGGGGACGUCGGCGCAUCGUCUUCCGCGUCCCAGCCAGCAGAUGCCGCCACCGCAGUCCAGAACGCGCCAUCAAAUACCGGUGAAGGCGAGGAGAGCUUGCGGUCGCGGUCACCAGCCAGGAGAGCCGGCGGCACGACUCUCGGUGGGCAACCAGCCCGGCGCUCGCCCAGCCGGCCCCAACCAAGACCGCUGCCACCACCUGCACCCGAGAACGAGGAAGACUUGUUCAAUCCCUUUGUUGGGCGGGCCCUACAGCGCUCGCCCCUCAACACAGGCGUGCUACCCGUCGUUGCACCGCCUCCAGAGCCCGAACUACCGCCCACUCCCCACCAUGUCGACCCGGUAGUGAGCACACCACCCUCGGGAAUCCACAACACACCGUCUAAGAGGCGGCGCCAGGGAGCCGCUGGGCGUCUCGCGCGACACGAGUCACCGUCAAAGGGACCUUCACGGGACGAGUUUGGCCUGCCGCAGAAAGAAUCACAGAAACCCCGCGUCUUCCGCGUUGCCAGGCGCGGGAGUCCGGUACCCAUAGUCGAACAGGAGUUGCCCACCGCACAAGCCGCCUCGGGAGACAAAGAUGGGAGAACCACGAGCGAGUUUGCGCCCGGAACGCAUCCUCGCCGGAGCAUAAGAUUGAACCCCCUGGCGCACAAGCAAAAAGAGCGCGAUGGAUUGUUGCGCGAGAUGGCACAACUGGAAGCGGAUCUUGAACUGGCCACCAGGUGUAAUGAAUCCGUGGCAAAGGGUGCGUCUUCGCUCGAAGAUAGAGGCGGAAUCUUGGACCUCUUUCGUCGGCAUCUUCUCCCAGCUCAGAAAGAACAGGAGCCCGAUGCUGCAACACAGUGGCUGGAGACGGCGAUGGAUCCCAUAGCAAUGCUAGGCUUCAACGGGUCAUCGUCGGCCUUCCUCCCACCCCCUAUACCGCAGGAGGAAGAGCCCGAAUCUCCUCCAGUAUCUCACCAUCCCAUCCCCAUGUCAGCCACGGAAGAGCUGCCUUACCUACAAGUCUUCACGCCACUUACCUUCACAACCAAGUCCACAAACAUCUCACCCCCUUCUGACCAUGGAGAGCCCACGCUGAAGAAGCUCACGAUCCGCAUUGGCUCGGCCACACCACCCGGCCUUUUUGUUUCGAUCAUGGAGAUGGUAGUCAACACGCGAACCCUCGCAGUAUCGUCCCUCGCCGUGCCCAAACUCGACCCUGCCGCUGCGGGUGAGCUCCAGCCCUUCGUGGAAAAGAUCACCAGCAGCCAGGCGCCGCCACACAGCGCGCUCACGCGGAAUGUCAGCGUGCUCUGCUGGGCCAUGGGCGAGUGGUACCGAGUCGCGCUGAAGCGAGCCAAGUUCUGGCACGUCCUGGAGAAGCAGCUGGGCCCAGAGGCCAAGGACGGCCUCCCGGAGGUCGUAAGAGCCAUGAGGACGAGGAAAAAGCGGAGGAAGAGGGCACGGGGACAGGUAGACGACGUCAACGCCAGUUUUGAGUCGACCGACUCAGCGGGCAGCGCCCUGGACGGCAUGCUACUCUCCAAGGCGGAUCUGCUGCCGCACAUGGGCAGGUCGACCAUGGACCUCAGCGUCCCCUGCCUCGCCGAGGAGGGGGCUGGCGCUGCGUCGGAGCUACGCGUGAGCUGGGGUAUCGAGUUUGAUUGGACCGGCGAGGCUAGAAGCAAGCUCGGUGUCGAUGUUGGCGUCCCGGGAAAGUGGCAAGCAUCUGACGACCGCAAAAGUAUUACUGAGAUACCCACAGUGUUUGACACUCUUGUUCGAGGCGGCGAGGACCCGUUGACGGCCACCAAGACGGUAGUGGCCCUGCUGGCAGGUGAGCCGGCGUCCUGAAAUCGAAAUGUCUGUUGCCAGUUUUGUGCAGCAAGACGACAGGUCUUGAUUCAUGCGGUUCCAAAGACAUGUACAAAUCCUUGAGGGCGGUCCUCUUGAUCCAUCGAGGACCUGCGUGCAGUACUCUAGCAUGUCGGGCCACGGGGGCAAAUCGCUUCAAACAAGUAGUUCGAGGGUCGCAAGCGCAGUAGA